AUGGUGACCCUGAUGCCGUGUAGCUACCUCGGAGGGGGCGCCUCCCCACGCUGCAGCUUGGACCACGCCGAGCCAAAGGCAAAAAGGCCAAGACCUGACACGGGCACCGAUGUAUCGGAUCGACUAUCUGGCGAAGUCAACACAAGCCCCUGCGAAUCAGAAUCAACAUCAAAUUCCCCACCGUCGCUGCUGCAGGAUGCGACAUUGCCAGCUCUCUUAGUAUCUGGGGCAUCCACGUUAUUCCAGAACUCAACCACGACCACCAACACAGCGCUGAGUUUAUCAGCUGUUGACAGCUUAUGUUUGCCUGGUACCUCAGAGGUUGAAAGCUGUAGUUUGGCGAACGGAUGCUCAACGAGUUCAUCGCUUGGGCUGGCAUUGCCGUUGACGUCGACCGGAGGACUUUGUUCUACCUCCUCGUCGGCUGCGGUCGCCUGGUUGAUGAAUGAAGAUAGUGCGGGUGGUGUAAAGAGCGAGGUCCGUAGCCCGGGCCUUUGCGAAGCAGACGUGGCGCUGUACGGCGAAACGCUGCCGUACGACCAGUCCACGCUGCCCUACCAGUAUUAUAAUAGCAUGCAGCAAUAUGGUAGUGGCAGCGCGGCCUCGUCGUACGUCAGCUCGUCGCUGUACAACCAGCCGUACGGCGCGUACCCGCCACAACAUAAUACAACUAACAGGUCGUCAUGCAAAGCAACGCCGACAUACUUGAGUGCUUACGGCGUGAGUGGAGUUAGUGGAGUGCCUAGCACCGGCUUUGGGACGCAGCCAUCACCUUACGCCUAUUCUUCGUACAACGGAGGAUUGGCGCAAUCUUUUCCUACCGCACAACAGGACUACAGCAGCUAUGCGGCAGGCUACGCGGACCACAAUGUGGCCCAAUACAGCGGAUAUUACGCUACACCUAGUUAUUCUCCUUAUGUCAGCUCGCCGAGCAGCAGUGGCAGUGCGGGACACACUUCAUAUCAUUUAGGAGGAGCUUUAUCAGAAUCACCAUCAUCAAUGCUGCCAUCAAUAAAUGACACGAGUCCACUGUCUCCUAUCAAAACAGAAGUACACGCAGCCAGUAGAAGAUGUAGAGAGAAUUCAGGGGAAAGCACAGCCUCACGUUCCCGUGGCCGUGGCAGACGCAACACAUCCUCGUCUCCAGCCCAACAUGUACCGGAGCCGGCCACAGACAGGGUGUUCAUCUGGGACCUGGACGAGACCAUCAUCAUCUUCCAUUCACUACUCACUGGGACUUACGCUACUAAGUACAAUAAGGACACACAACAAAUAGUUCAAUUGGGAUUUAGGAUGGAAGAAAUGAUAUUUAGUUUAGCAGAUACACACUUCUUCUUCAAUGAUGUUGAGGAUUGUGACCAGGAGCACAUAGACGCAGUAGCGGCAGACGAUAACGGUCAAGAUCUCUCCGCGUACAACUUCGCAGCGGACGGGUUCCACGCCGGCGCCGCACCCAACACGGGCUUAUGUGCGCCUGGUGUGAGAGGCGGCGUCGACUGGAUGAGGAAACUCGCAUUCAGAUACAGAAAAAUUAAGGAUACGUACAAUAAUUAUAGAAAUAGUGUCGGUGGUCUACUAGGUCCCGCCAAGCGCGAGCAAUGGUUACAGCUACGCGCCGAGCUGGAACAGGCGACGGACAACUGGCUCACUCUCGCCUGCAAGUGUCUCAAUAUGAUCAACUCCAGAGAGAACUGUGUGAACGUGCUGGUCACGACGACGCAGUUAGUGCCCGCGUUGGCGAAGGUUCUAUUGUUUGGACUGGGAGGAGUCUUCCCCAUAGAGAACAUAUACUCCGCUACUAAAACCGGCAAAGAAACAUGCUUCGAAAAAAUAAAGCAGCGUUUCGGCGAGCGAUGUACGUACGUGGUCAUCGGUGACGGACAAGACGAGGAGGCGGCCGCCAAAGCAAAGAACUACCCAUUCUGGAGGAUAUCCAGCCAUUCAGACAUCGCGGCCCUCUACAACGCGCUUGACAUGGGCUUCUUAUGA